AUGGGGGUGAAGCUGGAGGUGUUUCGGAUGACCAUCUACCUCACCUUCCCUGUGGCUAUGUUCUGGAUUGCCAAUCAGGCCGAGUGGUUUGAGGACUAUGUCAUACAGCGCAAGAGGGAGCUGUGGCCCCCUGAGAAGGAAGACAAGCGCCAAGAGCUAGAAGAAUUCAAAGAAAGGAUACGGAAGCAGCGGGAGGAAAAGCUCCUUCGUGCUGCCCAGCAGAGGUCCUGA